AUGGAUGACUUUGAGCAGGAAGGCAUACAUGAGGAACUUAGUGGGAAGGAACCAAACAGUGACAAUGUUAUCAAGAUAAUGGCAGCCAUUCAAAAAGGUGAUGCGUAUGCAAUGCAGGAGCUGUCAGGUUGUGCGUCUGUCUUCAGAGAGAGCGAGCUGCCUCACCACGCAGCAGCUGUGCAGCCACAGCCAGAGACCCUGCAUGUGGUGCUGCAGGGUGGGGACGUGAACGCCCAGGCCAUCAAUGGCGACACAGUUCUGUAUGAUGCAUCUGGAUCUGGAAACCUGGACUGUGUCGAGCGGCUCCUGUGGCACGGAGCCAACCCGAACGGCCAGCUGCCCAUCCACAAAGCUGUAUACGAGGGACACAGACUUUCUCAUUUGUUUUUCACUGUUUCCGUCCCUCACUUUCUUCCUGUUACGGGGGACCUCAGAAAGAUUCCUCUGUACUUUGCUUUUUCCAACGGGGCUGUGACCUGUGCUGAGAUGUUGCUGGCAGCUGGAGCGAGUGCUGACCUGGACCCACUGCAAUGCAUCCUGGUCUAUAUACGCGCCGAGAGGCAUGAACUGGUCCAGCUGUUGCUGUCCUAUGGACCAGAGGUGAAUUGUUACUUCAGAGUGAUCACCAAUACAAUGUUCCCACUGCCCCUGCAGUACAGCCUGAGGGACCCCGUCAUGCUGCUCCUCAACAGCAAAUAUCAAGCGUACAGGUGCUUCCAUUGUUUACACGGUAACGGUGAAGAAACCUGGAUUGACCUUCAUAACCAAGCCUACCAGAUUUACAGUCAACCUAAUGUCAUCUCAUUAUGUGAGUUUGUGUCGAUGUCGUGGCUCACAAAUCUGAUCGGUGGUGUUGUGAGGAUGCUCCUGGAGUACGUCAGCCAUGUCAACAUCUAGCUCAUCCUCAAACGAGUCCUGGAGAAGAAGCCAGAGUGGGAUGAGAUCUCUAACUGCCUCCCAAAAAAGACGCUGCAUCAUGGGGCCCACACUUUGGUACGUUCCCCCGUGAUCCCUCUCUUAAGGCCCAAACAGCAGCUGGCGAGAUUAGAGAGGAGAGGACAUCGACACACACAACACACUCACAGCAACACAGCCGACCAGGAUAGAUCCGGUUCAGACUGGAGUGGGUACAUCCAAACAGCUUCAACCGUCGAGGAUCACCUCGACUGGACCUCUUAUGUCCGUGGAUCUCCAGCAACCUCACAGUGGACCUAG